UAUCGAGAUAUAGAAUAUCAGAAAUCAUAGUCACAGAGUAUUCGGGAAUAUUUCUAAAUUCCACUUUCGACCCACUCAACCCAGCAAUAGCCAAGAGCCACACACGCCAGCAGCACAGACACAUACACACCGUGUACGGUGUGUACGUGUACUUGCUUGUGGCAUCCACCAACGCUGCGGUUUCAUUUGGCCAACCACAAAAUUCUUUUAAAACCAAAUAAGAAACAGAGGAAACUAACUUGAGCUUGAGCCAGGAAAAGCCGAGCAGGUCGGAAGAGGCCAGCGGCAGGAAAUUGUUAACCUUUGGGGAUAUCAAACAUUUACGAUUGCGUGGCAGUGGCAGAGGCAGUGGCAGAGGCAAAAGCAGAAACAGAAAUACAGGAACACAGGAACAGGCACAAUCCCAUAGUCUACUGAGAGAAGCAGCCACAAGUGCCCGUGCCCGUACCCAAGACGAAGAGGGACUUUCCUUGUGCUCUUGAUUCUUGUCUUAAAUUUCUGUUUGUUUGUGGUAUCGAAGCGGCACCAUUAAGUUUCUGGCCUUCAGCAUAAUGAACAAAACGAAGAAGAGCCGUAAGUCCGCUAAGAAUUCCGGGCCAUCGGACCCCACUGGCCAAUUAAACAAAGCCAAUGCGAACGGUAUUGGAAGCAACAAUGCCGGGAAUCAGAAUAUAGCUGGAACAGAGCAGGGGGAACAGUCUACCAGCGAUGGCGUUCCGUUCAUUCUUGUGGAUGCAAUGCCUUUGACAUACUGUCCCCCGACUGUGGCUGACUUGGACCAAAUAGAGGCCGAGCGAAUGGCGAAGGUAAUGGCGGAGUGUGACCGAUUGCUAGACCGCUUUGAGGACACAAAGCCACCGCCCGACAUGCCAAUCACAAUGACCGAGAUGGACGAGAAGUUCUUUCAGGAAAUGCAGGAACUGCGCAUAUUUUCGAAGGAGACGGAGGAACAAGAUGGAGAAAAACGUCCUGGCAUCAGCAGGCAGGCCACCUUCCUCAUUGACAGAGUCAAGCCGUCACUUAACGAUCGGAGGAGAUCCUCUACAGAAUCAAUGAGGAUUAUCAAUCAUAUUGGGGAUCAGCUCAUGCAGCUGCAGCUCCUACAGGAGCAGCCGUUGGUGGAGGGAAACGCCUACUGCUUCUUAGUGAGCAUUAAGCCAGAAGGUGGGGCAUCCAAUUGCUUCGUGCAGCAAAUCGGAUUACCCGUGUCCAUUUUGCAGCCAGAAACGGAGUCCGUCGUGCAUUCAGAAACAGAGUCCAUCGUCCAGCCAGAAAAGGACUCCUUCCUCCAGCCAGAAGAGGAGUUACUCGUGCAACUAGAAACGGAGUCGCCGAGCAACCAGAAAAGAAACCGCAGUCUGUUAGCUCGAAAAUCGUCAGCUCGACAGCUAGGACAGAUGCCCACAGUACCAAUGCGGUCCCAAAAUUACGCGAUACUUCGCACACCCAGAUGCCGGUCUCCAAGCUGUGAGACCUCCCCCAGGUCUGACAAUUAAGGCGGCAUCCGAGGCAAAGACGGGCACCAUUGUUGCUCCAAAGACCAGUACAACGCGCUGGAAGCUAUUAAGAAAAUCCAGAUUUGGAUAUCUUCCAAAGAAGAACUGAGGCGAACAACUCUCUUAGAAUUUCACGGGAUCUGGGAUAUAUAUGCGGUUCAAUUUCAUCAUAAACUACAAUAAACAAAAUAAACAUAACAAAAAUAACAAACAAACAUAAACGAACAUAAACAAACAUAAACAAAAUAAAA